AUGGUCCGCCUGCCACUCCCUCAUCGGCGCAGUGGGAACCGUUCCCCAAAGAUUGGCGCCGCCUCUUCUCAAGAUGACCUCUCUGCCGCCUCGACCGCGACCUCCGAGACAAAAUUCCCGCUGAUCUUGAAGACUCAGGUUAUCAGUGGCCGUAAUCUAGCUGCAAAGGAUAGGAAUGGCAUGAGUGAUCCUUAUCUGGUGGUCACGCUAGGCCAUGCCAGAGAGUCCACCCCUACAAUCAGCAAGACUCUAAACCCAGAGUGGAACGUCUGUUUCGAUCUGCCUAUUGUUGGUGUUCCGUUGCUCGAAUGUGUCUGCUGGGAUAAAGAUAGGUUUGGCAAGGAUUACAUGGGCGAGUUUGAUAUCGCCCUGGAAGAUAUCUUUGCAAACGGCCAGAUUCACCAGGAGCCCCGAUGGUACGAUCUCCAAUCGAAAUGGAAGACAAGCAGCAAGAAGAACAAUGAUGUCUCCGGUCAGAUCCAGCUGCAGUUCUCUCUUGUCGACCCCGCAAACCCUUCUGCUUCCUCAGACCAGAUCUUCUUAAAGUUCAAGAAUCUCAUUCGCAACAGUGACGAUGAGGAGGAAGAUGCUACCCCCACUACAUCCGGAGAUAACGAGGAAGUUGGUGAAAGCUCAAAGGAGGACCUGACCAGACCGGAUGCCAUCGCUGAGCAACGACAAAAGUCAAAGGUUGCCCGACUCAAGCGGCGGUCUAUUGCCGUGCGGGCAUAUGAAUUCUGCGGAGCCAAAGACGGGGUGGUUGGCAUUGUCUUCCUUGAAAUAAACAAGGUCCUUGACCUACCCCCAGAAAAGAACAUGACUCGCACAUCCUUUGACAUGGACCCGUUUGUGGUCACGUCUCUUGGUAGAAAGACCAUGAGAACCCGUGUCAUCCGUCACAACUUGAACCCAGUCUUUGACGAGAAGAUGGUAUUCCAAGUGAUGAAGCAUGAACAGGCCUAUUCCAUCAACUUCACCGUCAUUGAUAGAGACAAGUUAUCCGGGAACGAUUUUGUUGCAUCCACAAACUUCCCCUUGCAGAGCCUUAUUCAGGCUGGCCCUGAAGCCGACCCAGAGACAGGCUUAUACCAACUCUUCGACCUUCCUCAGGAUCCCGUUGAGCCCACCACUCCUCAGUCCUCCUCCAAGUCUAGGUUCAGACUAACCCUAUCUCGCUCUACUUCCGCAUCAAACCUCGCCAAAAUGGCAAAACCGUCUCUGAAAUCAAAAUCUUCAGCUGCCUCGUUAGCAAGCCAGUACCAGCAGGACAAUCAGCAGCCGGCUCCAACUUCCAAUCCUGCUGCAUCUCAGCCUGAUUCCGCUAGCACGCUGAAUGUGCCUGGGAACAUUUCACCGGUUUCUCCAGACAAAACUGGCUUCCCUUCUACUAACCCCGACACAGAUGCGUUUAAAAACUACGUUAUUCCAUUGUUACUGAAGAACAAGGACAGAUGGGAAGACAAACAUAAUCCAGAACUCCAUAUAAAAGCAAAGUACAUGCCUUAUCCAGCUCUGAGGCAGCAAUUCUGGCGCGUCAUGCUACGACAGUACGAUGCAGAUGAGAGCGGACGUAUUAGUAAAAUCGAAUUGACUACCAUGCUGGACACCCUAGGCUCGACAUUGAAAGACUCAACGAUCGACGGAUUCUUCCACAGAUUUGCUGCAGAAAACGAGUCGUCCGGAGAUACCAUGGAUCUCACUUUUGACCAGGCGGUGAUCUGUCUUGAAGAGAAACUUCAGGAGUUGCAAAAAAAGACAGUGGGCGCCACCAUGUCUAAAUUAGUGCAAUUCCCAUCGUCCUCUUCAGGGCCGUUAGAAAGUGAGAUCCUACCCGAUGAUGAUGAUGAAGAUGAUGACGAGGAUGAUGCUCCCCUCACCCCUGCUGGGGGCGGCCGUACUCACCUAACUUUGAACCCUGCGCUUACUAACGUUGACCAAACAACAGUAUCUGCCACAGCUAGUCGCGAUGAAUCGGUUUCUGGUAGCGAAGAGGGCACCAGCUCGCCUCAGGGUGACCUCUCAGACGAGCGAGGUGAAGAGCAUGUCAUUGAGAUUCGAGAGUGCCCCUUAUGCCAUCAGCCUCGCCUGAGUAAGCGGUCCGAUGCAGAUAUCAUCACCCAUCUUGCUACCUGUGCCAGCCAGGACUGGAGACAGGUAGACAAUUUAGUUAUGGGUGGCUUCGUGACCUCCAGUCAGGCGCAGAGGAAAUGGUAUAGCAAGGUCAUCACCAAGCUGUCAUAUGGAGGCUACAAGAUCGGUGCCAAUUCGGCCAAUAUCUUGGUGCAGGACCGCCUGACGGGACAGAUCAACGAGGAGAAGAUGAGCGUAUAUGUUCGACUGGGUAUUCGAUUGCUCUACAAGGGAUUGAAGAGCAGAGAGAUGGAGAAGAAGAGAAUUCGUAAAAUGCUCAAGUCGCUGAGUAUCAAGCAAGGUCGGAAGUACGACGACCCUGCCUCCUCCAGUCAAAUUGAGGCAUUCAUUGAAUUCCACCAACUUGACAUGAGCGAAGUGCUUCUCCCCCUGGACCAGUUCAAGUCAUUCAACGAGUUCUUCUACCGCGCCCUAAAACCAGGCGCACGCCCCUGUUCAGCACCAGAUGAUCCAAACAUCAUCGUCUCACCCGCUGAUUGUCGCUCUGUGGUCUUCGACCGCAUUACUGAAGCCACCCAGAUCUGGGUCAAGGGCCGUGAAUUCUCCAUUGAACGACUUCUCGGGAAAGCUUAUCCAGAGGACGUGGAGCGCUACAAGAACGGAGCUCUCGGCAUCUUCCGUCUUGCGCCACAGGAUUACCAUCGUUUCCAUAUCCCCGUUGAUGGAAUCAUGGGUACCCCAAAGACCAUUGAGGGUGAAUAUUACACUGUGAACCCAAUGGCUAUUCGAUCCGCAUUGGACGUGUACGGCGAGAAUGUUCGAAUUAUAGUCCCUAUCGACUCUGUUGCUCAUGGUCGUGUAAUGGUCAUUUGCGUCGGUGCGAUGAUGGUCGGUAGCACAGUGAUCACGCAAGAGGCCGGCGCGAAGGUAUCCAGGGCCGACGAACUUGGGUACUUCAAGUUUGGAGGAAGUACCCUAUUAGUCCUAUUUGAACCAGGACGAAUGAACUUUGACACCGAUUUGGUUGACAAUUCAAAGGGUGCUCUGGAAACAUUGAUUCGCGUGGGCAUGUCCAUUGGACACAGCCCAGGAGUCCCCCAGUAUACGCCCGACAUAUUCAAACCGACCAAAUACGUAACCCCCCAAGAAAUGGAAGCCGCAAACCGCAGAAUCGGAGGCCCUGACCCAAGGCUCAUCCCAGAAUCAGCCUCAGACCUCGGCCUUGACGAAUUACAAAUAAAAUAG